GCACGCGCCCCACGCACCGCACCGUCCUCGUCAACGCACGUCGAUUUCGUCCCGUUCGUCCGGCAACGCGUCGCGAACAAUGCCAAUUCUGGUCCGCAUCCCCGUCUGAACAACGCCAACCCCUGCAUCGCGACCGGUACGAGGGUGCGUUCGAGUCGCGGCACGCGUCGGUUUACGUGAUCGCCACUGUGUCAACAAUGGCCGACUCGUAGACGGUUCACGGUGUCGGUGUGUUUUGGACGAUGUGCUGUUGUUGGUGAUUUAGGUUCGCGUUGAUUUUACGGAAGGGAAAAACUGUGUGCCACGAUGGCGGAGAUGAACAACACGAGAGUGCCGAAGAUAAUGGUGUUCCGGCCUACAUGGGAGGAAUUCAAGGAUUUCUCGAAGUACAUCGCUCACAUGGAGUCGAAGGGAGCGCACAAGGCCGGCUUGGCGAAAGUGAUUCCGCCGCCAGAAUGGGUGCCACGAAAGAAGGGCUACUCCAUCGAAGACCUGAACGUCACAAUCCCUGCGCCGAUCUGUCAGGUGGUCACGGGCAAACAGGGACUGUACCAACAAAUUAACAUCCAAAAGAAAGCUAUGACGGUGCAACAGUACCGCGACCUUGCCAAUUCGGAGCGCUACGCCACCCCCCGUCACUUCGACUACGAGGAUCUGGAGCGCAAGUACUGGAAGAACAUCACCUACGUAGCCCCCAUCUACGGUGCCGACGUGUCCGGCAGCAUAACUGACCCGGAUGUUAACGAAUGGAACAUCAACAAACUGGGCACCAUCUUGGACUACGUCAACGAGGACUACGGCAUAUCAAUCGAAGGUGUUAACACUGCCUACCUGUACUUCGGCAUGUGGAAGACGACGUUCGCCUGGCACACCGAAGACAUGGACUUGUACUCGAUUAACUAUUUACAUUUCGGUGCCCCCAAAACGUGGUACUCGAUCCCGCCGGAGCACGGACGCCGUCUCGAACGGCUGGCCAACGGGUUCUUUCCCAGCUCGUAUAAGACGUGUCAGGCGUUCCUGCGUCACAAAAUGACGCUGAUCUCCCCGCAGAUACUGAAACAAUACUCCAUACCGUACAAUAAAAUCACGCAGGAGGCCGGUGAGAUAAUGAUCACCUUCCCGUACGGUUAUCAUGCAGGUUUUAAUCAUGGGUUUAACUGCGCCGAGUCGACCAAUUUCGCCUGUGAACGGUGGAUUGAGUACGGGAAACGGGCGUCACAUUGCACCUGCAGCAAGGACAUGGUUAAGAUUUCCAUGGACACGUUUGUCAAACGUUUCCAACCGGACAGAUACGAGAUGUGGCUGAAGGGCGAAGACAUCGGUCCACAUCCCGAGGAGCCGGAUAAAAAGGUGGCAGCACCUUUACCUCUCCCUCAGGACAUUCUGUGCAACAAGAACAACACGUCGUUGCCACAAAGUUUCCUGGAGGCACCCAAAAAGGGCAAAGGCAGAAUGAUGAACUAUACUCAAGGCUUCAACAUGAGCGACUUCCCGGCUGAGUUGCAGCUGGAGUUGAUGGAAGAAGACAAUCUGGCCUAUGCUGAUGAAAUAGCUCCUGAUGAACAACAGCUAGAAGUUCUAGAAGAUAUUUGGCUUAAAGCUGGAGAAAUAGAGGCUGAAGAUGCGACUGUGUGCGACGCCGGCUACAACGUCAAGCAUCGCAGCAAUCGCAAAGGUUUCCAACGAAAGAGACGCACCACCAAGCCCUCGGCACGUAAACGUUCAAAAGAGGGCUCGUCGGAGGAAAAACGGACCAAGAAAUGCGACGAGGACACCGACGAACUGACCGGCUAUUACGCCCCCCUCGACACCAAGGACAAGAAGGUGUGCGGACCAAUAGUCGCACCCCUGGAGCUGCUGGAGGACGGCAAGAACGAACUCGUACAGUCCCUGGUGGCCCAGGAGAAGGAACAACUGUUGGCGGUCAAGGAGAAGAAGCACAAGCACAGGCAUUCGGAUAAGAAACACAAGAAACGUAAACAUCAUCACCACCGUCACCACCACCGCCGCAGCGAAGGCGACGAGACGACGUCGUCGCAGCAGUCCGAACCCUCUACGUCCAGCCUACACGACCCCAUCAUCAAGAAGGAGAUCGACGACAUCAUACGGAAGGCGGCGGAAGAACACCAGCUCUCCCAGUCCUGCAGCGACGGUCCCUCCUCGUCGUCGACCCCCAAAUACGAAAUACUCCCCAAGCCGACCAACGUCAACAACUUAAAGGUGUACCGGAAGCCGGACGUUAAGUCCAUGGUGCCGGCGGCGUUGCCGAACAACGUCAACAUGCAGACGAUCAAAACCAACAAAGGAAUAAUCACGGUGGUGGACCGGCCUGUGGUGGCGAAACAGGCGCCGUCGGACUCGAGGAGGUACGAGAACGCAUAUAUUAACUUCCUGAGCCAGAAGGAGGCGGAUAAAUUGAAACGGGAGGGCAAAGUAAACAAAGUGGCUCCUUCGGCCACUAUCGUUUCCGGACAGGCGCAGAAGAGUCCGGUGAACGGCCAGAUUUAUGGGAUGCCGGCACUGAACGGGCCAUCCUUCGAGCCGGAACAACGGGGCGGCGACGCGAUGCCCCAUCUAACCUUACAAGUGCCCACUCAUCAGCCACCGAUCAUGCAACAACCGCCGCAAGAGCAACGCGAGAACGACGUCGUCGUCGUCAAUCGGAAUCCGUCGUUGAACGUGUACAGCAUGCAGACCGCCGUUCCGUACCAAAAGGUGGACCAAAUGCUGCGCAACGAGGUGCCGGCCGUCAAUACGACACCGCCGCAGCCCAUCAAGCCCCGCACCCCCAACCUGAUAUGGUCCAAUCAAAACUAUUUCACCGUGAACCACUGCGCCACCACGUACACGCACGACGACAGGUUCUAUCCGAUGAGCAGCAGGCCCAUCGACUUGGAGGACGGUGAGGGUAAAGCGAACAUUACCACCGAUCUGCACAAGUUUGAGGGGUUUGUCUCGCGGAAGAUGGCGGAACAGUCAGAAGAUGAACGGACGGAGACAUCGAGCGAAUGCAGCUGCUCCACGGACUGCUCGUCCUCGUCCUCGUCCGGCGACGAAAAUGACGAUGCCGAAUCGUAUCUCUCCGACUGCACCGAGUGCCGACGCGCCGCCGCCUCGUCGCGCUUGGACAAGGAGAACCGCGACGCCAACACGCCGAAGACCUACCCCCGCGAAACGCCCAAAACGACGCGCAAGCGCAAAUACAAGAAACAGAAGCCGGCGCCUGUGGUGCGCAACAGACGCAUAGUGCGCAGACGCAGACUGAUGACACCGUCCGAGCUUAUAUACGGCGUGAGGAAGCAGGGGCGGCCGCCGAAGCGGCUCAAGGAGCGGUUCGAGAAGCUCAAGUUGGAGCUGCAGGACUUCACCGACCGUCAGAAGAGCGCUAAGGUGAAGAAGUGCGCGUCGAAAGUGGAGGUGGGCAAGAAGAACGACGGUCUGAGCGAUUAUCUGCGCUUCAAGCGGGACCAUCUGACUCCGAUGAAGCUGGAGGUGCGGCUGCAGGACGUCAUGCAGCAGUUCACGCCGGAGAUGCGGCAGUACCUCAAAGACGGACUGACGAUGUUCAAUGUCAGUGCGAUUGGACAAGACAAGGCCAAGCCACCGCCGGUGGCGCAGCCGGAAAUAAAACAGGAGGAGCCCGCACAAAGCAAUCCGGAGAAAGAAAAGGUGCCGAGGUCGUUGCCCAUCGGGACGAAGGUGUGGGCCCGGCAUCGUAACGGCCGUUACUAUGGUGCCCACGUUAAGAGGGCCAGGAAUGAGCCGCGCAUGUGCGUGUUCUUCCCCGAAGACCGCAGCUUCUCCAAGGACGUGCGUCUCAAGGAUCUGGCCAACGAGGAUGUGUCGGCCGGGCUGAGGAGGCCCGCCAUCGGGGAGAGGCUGCGUGUCAAGUGGUCUGACGGUUGUGUUUACGAUGCCGAUUAUAUUGGGAAGAUGGACUGUUUCAUUUAUACCGUGCAGUUCGAGGAUGAGUCGGAACUGGAGGUCAACAGGGAACAUAUAUAUUUGUUGUCUGAGACUCUACCAAAGAGAAUCGCCACCAAGUUGUCAUAUGCUAGUGAUAUGAGAAAUAGAGAACACUUGUACGAUUUGGAAAGAGACUUGCCGGAUAAACGACCCAUUAAAAAGAAAGUAAUGGAUAAAUAAUACAAGAAAUUUAAUAUUUUAGUUUAGUUUUAAAAGACUGAAUGCAUAACACUGAAUUCUCACAGUGUUGGCAGACUUCUUUAUAUUAAAUCAGUUAAAAAAUUAUGUUUUUAAGUCUGGACAGUAUAUUUUGUUUAUUCAUAUUUUAUGUAGUAGAUUUGAUUGUGUGAUAAAGUUUUAUUUAUUUAUAUUGUAAAUAAACAAAUUUUAGUAAUGUACAAUAAAAAAGAGAUUAAGUAAGAAUAAUUUGUCAUAUUUUGGCAUUUUAUAACAAAAAAAUAUUAUUGCCGCAAUAUUAAACAUUUAUAGUUGUAUUAUGAAUUAACUUAUGUAGUACCGUAACAGACAAACCUAAAACAAAUCAAUUAAAUAAAUUGUAAUCAAGUUUA